AUGAACGUAACACGUGUGAAUACAUCCACAUCGACAGCUUUGCACAAACAAGGAGCCUUUGAUAUGGAUAGUAAUGCCAUUUACAGAUCGCUACUGGUGAUAGGUCUUCUUGUAGCGAUUAUCGGGGUUUGGAUUGUCAUGAAAAUUCUAAGAUUUAGGAAAAACGAAAUCCGUACUCGACGGUAUGAUAUUUUGUCAGCAAAACAACUUGUUCCGGAGCAUAAUGGUUCUGAAGACAGCGAUGAUGAUUUAUUUGUUCCAGUACGAAGUGAUUCCAUUAGACAUCUUAUACCAGCGAACAUACUCCAGUAA